CAUGCGGGUCCGUGCGCUCCGGACGUGUCCCCCCGGCUCGGCCUUUUUGCCCUCCCAGCCUGCCUCUCCACCCUUCUCUUUUUCCAGCCCCCCAUUCAUUCUAGUUCACUUUUGGAAGUCCAUUUCUGUUUUGCAUUCGCUAAAAACCCACUGGGAAGUAUUUAGUGGAUGGUGGAUCCCUCAGCGAUCUCUAUGCAACUUGCGGAGGGGAAACCAGUGGAUGGGAAAUGCAGUGAAGGAGCAAGUUGCUUUUUGCGUGGGGAGCCUUAGUGUGGAUGCAGGGAGGAUGCAAUAAUAGUGGCAAUGGGUCGUUUCCUCGAAUUUCCUACCGGGCAUAUUCACUGCUGUUGGGAUGAAGGUGGGGGAGGCAUACUUUGGAGACCAAAGAAUUAAGGUGUGGAAGACAACUUCGUGUACAACCUUUGGUUGUGAUUUUUCGAAGUGGUUCUUAUUAUAACGAACAAUUAAAGUAAUGUUUAAUAUAUUGAUGAUUGGCAAUCAGUGAAAGCAGAAAGCUGGCUUUGGUAGGAAAAUAAAAAGAAAUUGGAAAGCUGCCAGCGUCUGUAUCUCAAUGUGGCAAAGGGUUUUUGCUCAGUUUAAAGUUAAAAGAGACACGAGUUGUCCAUUUUGUUAAAAGAAUCAAUUAACAUUCCGUGUCUAUGAAUUCAGCCCUCAAGUUUUCUUAGGAGUUUGCUUAGCUCUCACAUGGGAUACUGUUAGGAAGAGUAGGGUUGAACUGGGAUGGAGGUGAGAAUUGGGACCUCUGAGUGAGUUCAUUUAAUGCCCUCCCCCCAAACUUUGAAGUAUAGAUUUAAGAUUGAUUAGAAAGUGUAUAUAUCAAGAAUAAAUCAAAUCAAAAGUACAUUACUAUAUAAGUCUUCCUGGCUAUUAACCUAUCCAGGCCAUUACAGUAUUGAAACAACUUGCUUCACUGUUUUUGUACCUCUUACCUGCUUAUAAAGAGAGAACUCUAUGUUUGCAAUUAAUGGAGAAAUGAGUUUUAGUGCUUAUGUAUUUAUGGGUACAUAUAUAUGUGUGUUUGUAUAUGUUUGUGCUUCCUGCUCCCCCAGCUCCACUUUGGAAUGAAACUGCAGAAAAAAAUUUGGGAGUCCUGGCAGUUGAAGACAAUACAUUGCAACAGAAUAGCAGUCACAGCAAUGUAAUGCAGAAAGAAAUUACACUGCCUUCAAGACUCGUGUAUUACAUCAACCAAGAUUCGGAAAGCCCCUAUCAUGUUCUUGACACAAAGGCAAGACACCAGCAAAAACAUAACAAGGCUGUCCAUCUGGCCCAGGCAAGUUUCCAGAUUGAAGCCUUCGGCUCCAAAUUCAUUCUUGACCUCAUACUGAACAAUGGUUUGUUGUCUUCUGAUUAUGUGGAGAUUCACUACGAAAAUGGGAAACCGCAAUACUCUAAGGGCGGAGAGCACUGUUACUACCAUGGAACCAUCAGGGGCGUCAAGGACUCCACUGUGGCCCUGUCGACUUGCAAUGGACUUCAUGGUAUGUUUGAAGAUAACACCUAUGUGUACAUGAUAGAGCCGCUGGAGCUGAUUCAUGAAGAGAAAAGUGCAGGUCGACCACAUAUAAUCCAGAAAACCUUGGCGAGACAGUAUUCUAAGCAAGUGAAGAAUCUCACUGCAGAAGGCAGUGACCAGUGGCCAUUUCUGUCUGAAUUACAGUGGUUGAAAAGAAGAAAGAGAGCAGUGAAUCCAUCUCGUGGUGUAUUUGAAGAAAUGAAGUAUUUGGAACUUAUGAUUGUUAAUGAUCACAAAACGUAUAAGAAGCAUCGCUCUUCUCCUGCGCAUACCAACAACUUUGCAAAGUCUGUGGUCAACCUUGUGGAUUCCAUUUACAAGGAGCAGCUCAACACCAGGGUCGUCCUGGUGGCUGUGGAGACCUGGACUGAGAAGGAUCAUAUUGACAUCACCACCAACCCUGUGCAGAUGCUCCAUGAGUUCUCCAAAUACCGGCAACGCAUCAAGCAGCAUGCCGACGCUGUGCACCUCAUCUCGCGGGUGACGUUCCACUACAAGAGAAGCAGUCUGAGUUACUUUGGAGGUGUUUGUUCUCGCACAAGAGGAGUUGGUGUGAAUGAGUAUGGUCUUCCAAUGGCAGUGGCACAAGUGUUAUCGCAGAGCCUGGCUCAAAACCUUGGAAUCCAAUGGGAACCUUCUAGCAGAAAGCCAAAAUGUGACUGCACAGAAUCCUGGGGUGGCUGCAUCAUGGAGGAAACAGGGGUAUCCCAUUCCCGAAAAUUCUCAAAGUGCAGCAUUUUGGAGUAUAGAGACUUCUUACAGAGAGGGGGUGGAGCUUGCCUUUUCAACAGGCCAACAAAGCUGUUUGAGCCCACAGAAUGUGGUAAUGGCUAUGUAGAAGCUGGGGAGGAAUGUGACUGUGGCUUCCAUGUGGAAUGUUACGGGUUGUGCUGUAAGAAAUGCUCUCUCUCCAAUGGCGCCCACUGCAGCGACGGGCCCUGCUGUAACAACACGUCAUGUCUUUUUCAACCACGCGGGUAUGAAUGUCGGGAUGCUGUGAAUGGGUGUGAUAUUACCGAAUAUUGUACUGGAGACUCUGGCCAGUGCCCACCAAAUCUUCAUAAGCAAGAUGGAUAUGCAUGCAAUCAAAAUCAGGGCCGCUGCUACAACGGCGAGUGCAAGACCAGGGACCACCAGUGCCAGUACAUCUGGGGAACAAAGGCUGCAGGGUCUGACAAGUUCUGCUAUGAGAAGCUGAACACAGAAGGCACCGAGAAGGGUAACUGCGGGAAGGACGGAGACCGAUGGAUCCAGUGCAGCAAACAUGAUGUGUUCUGUGGAUUUUUACUCUGUACCAAUCUUACUCGAGCUCCACGGAUUGGCCAACUUCAGGGUGAGAUCAUCCCAACUUCCUUCUACCAUCAAGGCCGGGUCAUUGACUGCAGUGGUGCUCAUGUAGUUUUAGAUGAUGAUACAGAUGUGGGCUAUGUGGAAGAUGGAACGCCAUGUGGCCCGUCCAUGAUGUGUUUAGAUCGGAAGUGCCUACAGAUUCAAGCUCUAAACAUGAGCAGCUGCCCACUCGAUUCCAAGGGUAAAGUCUGUUCAGGCCACGGGGUGUGUAGUAAUGAAGCCACCUGCAUCUGUGAUUUCACCUGGGCUGGGACAGACUGCAGUAUCCGGGAUCCAGUUAGGAACCCACACCCCCCCAAGGAUGAAGGACCCAAGGGUCCUAGUGCCACCAAUCUCAUAAUAGGCUCCAUCGCUGGUGCCAUCCUGGUAGCAGCUAUUGUCCUUGGGGGCACAGGCUGGGGAUUUAAAAAUGUCAAGAAGAGGAGGUUCGACCCCACUCAGCAAGGCCCCAUCUGAACCAGCCUCCCUGGACGAGCACCCCCUAGCGUGGCGGGACGCUGGGUCUCACGUACUUGCAGCGGUGCUGCCGGAACUGCUAAGUCUGUAAACAAGGACCUGGGGUGGUAGCGACUCCAGAGCUAAAGUUGGGGGGACAGGGAUGGUGUAAAAGAAAGCUGUCCCCUGUGGAAAUAAUUUCAAAGAACCCCUCCCACCACCUGUCAAUAAAGGGGAGCAAAAGACCAUGUUAUAAAAAGAACUGUUUCAGAAUCUUUUUUUCUAACUAAAGAAAAAAGGAACAAUACCAACAAAAAAGUGCAAUAAAAGAACCAUUAAAAAAUAGCAAAUGAUUUCUUUCCCCUCAGCCUGCUGGCACUUAAUAUCUCCUAAAUGAUUUGGCAUGAUUUGUUUUCCUUUACUACCCAUGACAAAACUCCAGUGGCAUGAAGAUCUAAUUCUCGAAAGGGUAAAAACUGCAUGGCAUAUAUACAACAACAAGCUAGCAAGCCAAUCUCAGCAACACCUGCAACGGAAUUCCUAAGGUGAAGAUGACAGACGAACACGCAGAAGCUGCCUGGGUCUCUUCACCUAAAUGCCUCCCUACCCGCCCCGACUCCGUAAGGCCCCUCACCCCUCACCCCCACUCCCCGCUCCAGACCAGGCCAUGGCAGAACCCCAUGGACCACGCUCUUGUUGAUCGACUCUCUUCAGUUGUUAUUUCCCCAGGAGUGAGCAUCCUUUGAAAUGGGAGCUGGAAUUUGAACACUGAUGCUAUUGUAUAGUUCUUUUAUAAAUGUAAAUAUGGAAAUAAGAGAUGUCGACACUUCAUUUUCACUCAUCUGUAUUGAGAUAUUUUUCCUGUAAAGGUUCUUUGUAGAUCUGUUUUAACGUUCGCUUCUCAUCUGUUUUGUUUCUUUUCUCUUUGUCUCUGUCCCUCUUUCUUGUUACAUGGACAAAGAUGACCAGGCUUGCUUAAAAGACGGAUGAAGCCACAGAUGCGGGAGUUUGGGCACAGAAUAGGUGCAGUUUAAAGUUGGUAUGUUUGUAACCAAAACCAGACCAAGGGGGGAGGAAAACAAAACAAACAACCCAUAUCAAAACACGAAAGUUAUGUAAAUGCAAAUAUGUGUACUCACCAGUCUCCAAAAUGUUUCGUUGUCAUGAUAAACGUAUGUAUAUGAUGUAAGAAAGUAGAAACCCUCUCAAAGUAAUCACAAAAGUGCCAAGCUCAUGAUUUUAUUUUUUUUGGGUUUUUCAGCUUUCUUUCCCUGUCUUUAAUGUGAAAGGAGGAUAAACUUAAAGCCUUAAAUAAAAAAAUAAUUAUAAUUUUUAAGUGUUGAAAGCUUGGGAAAAAUUAAGCUUUCCAUUUUAUUUGUAUCUGUUAGUGUCAAUAUUUCAUUCAUGCUUCAUCUUCCUGCCUCAAAAUAUAUAUGGUAGAACCCCAUUGCAAACGUGGUUAUGGGGCAGAAGCAGCAGCCACCUGUUCAAAGCGUUGUCAUAAUAGGCUUUCAUUCUGUGUAUUGUGUUUGCAAAAACAUCCAAUCUCGGAACGCUGGGUUGUGCUGGAUUAUAAUGGGAUUCUACUAUGUACAGAGUCACCGUCUUCUUUUUCCUGCAGGCAGAGUUUGCAGAUGUAAUCUGAGGUUCUGAAGUCCCUCUGAGCUUCCUUCACUUUCACCGAUUUCAUUUUUCUAUUUACGGUCAAGAUAGCUUCUGUCCGAGUGUUAAUAUAAUUGAGGUAAUAAAGAAAUGUGGCUGCAGCCUUGUUUUGAAUGCACAGACUCAUACAUAGUCACUUUGGUGAGCAUCCUUCUAGAGAUGAGCUUCAGUAAAGGCCCCCCAAAAGUCCCCACUUAACUGAUGUCCUCUCUGUAGGAACAGGACACUUACUUCUUCAUGACAUGAAAUCCAUGGCUAGAUUUAGCUCUAAGUCCCCUUUGCAGCAAGAUUCAUGACAUAAGUUUGAGAACUUUUUCUUUGACUUUGGAAAGGAUUAUUUCCUAAAGAUGCACUGCUUAAAACAGUAUCUUUGGUUGUGUGAGGAUCACAGUCACAAAACAGAAACCUUAAUUGCUAUAUGCUACAAUAGACUGUCACCUCACAUCUCACUGCUGUUGUUGCUUUUUGAGUAAUAGGUGCUACACAGGUAGGGGGACUUAACUCUAGGACUUGCUGUAUGUUUGUAUUGUGAUAACAGGGCUAUCCACACGGUCUCUCCGCCUUAGCCCUGGCUUCAUAAGACACAGGUUACAUCCCUCUGCUUAGUGACAGUGGCUCUUUCAGCCCGGAGGAAGCUUGAAGAAAACUCAGAUUACUUGACGUCUCUUCCUGUUGCUGCAUUGCUGAGUGUCUCCUGUCCCAGUCUGGAAGCUGAGCUGCUGCUCAGUACCGUAUACCUUUCACCACUCUUCCAGAGGCGCUGUGAUGACUUAACAGCAACAAAACCAUGGUGGCUAGAAAACAUGUUAAAUCUCUAUUGUUAACCUUUGAGCAUUUCACAGACAACAUUGUCAAUGUGCGAUGUUACGUUUCAAAUCAGACCACAGUGGUCCCCGGAUAUUAUGUACAUAUGGCAAAUGUCCGUGUAACUUUUUGUUACACUGGCAGUUUCAUAGGUAAUUGAACCUAUGCUCCAAUGUUAAAUUAUUUGUGUGUAUAUGUAAAAUACACAAGCUUUAAACUAUGUGUGGAUGAAUUUGAGAGAGAAUGCAACCCUAUCAGUGACAAACAAUGGAUUAUAAUUAUUUUUGGUGGUAUAGGUUAUGUAGUUUCAAACUCUUUGCUCUAUUUUUCCCUUGUACCUGCCGUUCAUUUGCCUGUUUUUAUGGUAUGGGUAUUCCUUGUUAUUAAUUUGAGCUCAAAGCACAAGUAUAUCACCAUUUAAGGUUACCCAACAAGUGUUAGUGUGAAGUGAUGACCAAGUUCCCAUUUCACCUGCUAUACUUUUGCUGCAUUAGUUAACGACACCUGGAUGAGGAGACAUGCGCUACCUUCAUUGCUCACCUGAUAGUGCAUGAGCCCAUUGAAUUAGAGCUAUGCCUUCUAGAGAACUGAAUAGUACACGUAGGUGCAUGUGACCAAACACAAAUCACACCAAGCUGUGGGAUUUUACCCACUGGUGUAUUUUGUUUUUAUUUUUUACUAUGCAAAGAUGAGAAAUGCACAAACUUUUCAAAGACUAGUGUCUAAAGAACUUUAUGGACAAUACUUGAACUCUUUCUUUAAAGUCAUCCCAUCAUGUUUUAUAGUCCUUGUUGCUUCCAUAGUUGAUUUUAAUUUGUAAGUGCUUUGUAAUUCUUUUAGUGCACAACCUAAAGUUUCGUUUGAAGUUAAUAAAUUCAUUCAUAUCUUGUUGGCUGCCUAUGAAUGGAGAUUCAGUAGUCAUUGUAUGCAUCUUUUAGUCAAGUGUGUAUUAAAACUUUUUUUAACGUAGAA